ACAUUCCGCAGCGAGAGGCACUGCGCGCCGAAUAACCUGCGAGAGAGAAGAGGUAGCCACUGUUGCUGGGGAGUAAACGAUGCUUACUUCUUUGGAUUCAUUUGAAUUGCGAAAUUGUGGAUUUAUACGAAUUUGUGGAGGAUAUUGAAUUCAAAAGGAUAUUACACUGACACGAAUCAUCAUUAAAGGGGAAAGAGGGGGAGACGGUGUCAUGGCAGUUGACUUGUGAUUGCACCUAUAAGAGCCUAAAAGCCAACAGCCACCUGCAUUACUGUCAUCUCUAAGUUGGAACACUAUCAUUAUGAAGAAAACGUCUAACACCCUCCCACUCUGUCUGCUUACCAUUCUGCUGCUGUCCCAGAUCUGCUCCGGCAUCAAAUGGCUGGCCCUAUCUCACACACCCACGUCCCUACACAUCAACCAGACCCAACACUGCAAGCUGCUGCCUGGCCUGGUGUCGUCACAAGCCCAACUGUGUCGGAGCAACCUGGAGCUCAUGCAGACCAUCAUCGCCGCAGCCCGCGAGGUCAAGAAGACCUGCCAGAAGACCUUCGCUGACAUGCGCUGGAACUGUUCCUCUAUUGAAAUCCCCAGUGACUCCUCGAGGUAUCGUCCAGAUCUUGACAGAGGCACGAGGGAGUCAGCGUUUGUGUAUGCCCUUUCUGCGGCGGCCAUCAGCCACACCAUAGCGCAGGCGUGCACGUCGGGGGACCUGCGCCUGUGUUCAUGCGGCCCCAUCCCCGGGGAGAUCCCUGAGCCGGGCUACCGCUGGGGCGGAUGUGCAGACAACCUGCACUAUGGCCUGGUCAUGGGCUCCAAGUUCUCUGACGCCCCGAUGAAGAUGAAGAAGGCAGGCUCCCACGCCAACAAGCUGAUGCAUCUGCAUAACAGUGAAGUGGGGAGACAGGCCCUGAGAGAUGCGCUGGUGAUGAAGUGUAAGUGUCACGGUGUGUCUGGCUCCUGCUCCAUACGGACCUGCUGGAGAGGCCUGCAGGACCUGAAGGACAUCGCCAUUGACCUGAAGACCAAGUACCUGUCAGCCACUAAGGUGGUGCACAGACCCAUGGGUACGCGUAAGCAGCUGGUCCCCAAGGACAUUGACAUCAGGCCCGUCAGAGAGAACGAACUGGUCUACCUGCAGAGCUCUCCGGACUUCUGUGCCAAGAACGACAAGCUGGGUUCCGUCGGCACCCAGGACAGGCAAUGCAACAAGACAUCCAUCGGCAGCGACAGCUGUGACAUGAUGUGCUGUGGGCGUGGCUACAACCCCUACACAGAGAAGCUGGUGGAGCGCUGCCACUGCAAGUACCACUGGUGCUGCUAUGUCACCUGUAAAAAGUGUGAGAGGAUUGUGGAGAGAUACGUCUGCAAAUGAGUCCAUGUUGUCUACUUCAUCCACCCACCCACCUAACCGCCCCACGUCUAUGUGCUGGGGCUACAGAUAACCAAAGCACUACGUUACCAAGAAGGCUUACUUUUGUCUUAAGCUUUAGCAUGUAUAUUUUGACAAGAAAGUGUUUAUUUUUGUUCAUUCUUUUUAAUUAAACUCUGACUCACAAGCUGGACUUAAAACCUUUUCCAUUUUACGAACGCGGACACAAGGGUGUUGUGACAAUGCCUAUUGGUUUACGUGAAGACCACCGUCCUCGAGGAUUUUUUCUUUCCUUUCAUAAAUGUGCAUUACACUUGCCGUACUCGGAUAUCAAAUGUCUAUUUUCGUAUAUACUUUUAUUCAAAUAAAUGAUAUUGGAUUUGUUUUUUUGAGGAGAGGGACUGUAGUCUCCUCAUUUGCUGUUGGGGGUAUACUUCCAACCUCUGAUGUUGACACUCACCGUUUACUUCAGAACCAUUCCACGGAAUUCAAAGGGUUCUGAAGGAUCCAUGGUGUUUUUCCUCAAAUGGUAGUCCUUUUUUCAACAGAGAAAGACACUGAAAGAAAGAGAGGGAAAUGGUGCUCAACACACAAAGGGAACUUAAAGUACUUUUAGUUGUGGAACUUUUUUAGUAACUGGUGUUGAACUCUUGAGCACUGGAGCUUGACUGGGGACUCGCCUGCAGACACACAGUUCUGUGUGCAUCCUCAGGAUAAGGACAAAGAACUCCCAGUGUUAGAAACAGCACAUUAUCCCUAUAAUGUCUGACAUGCAGGUAGUCCAAAGCCUAACACUCAGAGCAUGUGAACGGAACACAUGGGUCUCCUUUAAUGCCGUGUUAUGAUGAACCACUCUUACGUGGCUGUACAUACUGUCUUUUUGUAUGCUGAAUUAAAGAAAGAAAUAUUUAUAAACUAAUUAUAGACUCUUUAACAAGCUCUCAAUUUUUUCUUUUCCCAAGACCGCAACUCAUCAUCAUCAUCAUGGUGAAUUUUCUUUUUGUAAUUUAAAAGAAACUUGGCAAGAGAUAUAUGUAACCUCACAGGCUGGUGUUUUUGAAAUAGACUAGCUAUAUUUCUUCCCCCCGAAUCAUUACUGUAAUUAAUGACAUCUCAAAGUGUUAAGAAAAUAACAGUUUCACACAAUGACCUGUGACUGUGAGAUAAAUGCUCACACUUGUAAUGUGUUUUAGUUUUCAAUCAGAAGGCCAAUUGGGAUCAACCUUUCAAUUACAAAAACCCUGGGAAAGUGUUUGUUUGGACAUUCUUCACUGUCACAAGGGCUAUUAAUUAUGAUGUGAUUCUAACCCUCAAACAAUCAUUUGGAUGAGAAGAGAUCUUGGAUUCGGCUAAACUUCCAAUUAAAAAACAAGGAAAGAGUAAACAUGUUGCUCCCCACCUUUCAGAGUUUGCAUUUUCAAUCUUUUGUUAUAGCGCCACUAUCUGACCAAUCAGUGUCAUUUUGUAAACAGCGGAACUCUAUUGAAAACAUCAUUCACCCAAGUUUCGUAAAAAUCUGUUUAGUGUUGUCUGAGACUAAUGUACGAACGGACAGACAGAGGACAGAUGGAUGGUGACAGAUCCACAAUCCUCUCCCUGAUUUCAUCGUGGGAACAACAAAAAUAAAUCUAAUUUAUUUUCAUA